CACUCAUCCCAUACACUUCAUCCAAAUGGCUUUCCUUGGUCUCAGAAAAUGGCCCACGCCCGUCCUCCGCCCCAUGGCACCCUUCAUCGCUGCUGCCGGCAUCACCUUCUUCCUCGUCGGCAAGAUGCAGGAUAUGGGUAUCCGGUCUGAAGAGUACGCCAAAGACCCGCGCAACCCGUACGCUGCUCAAAUUGCAAAGGAGAGUCACCACUAGACAGACGCGUCGUUGGAUGUUAGACAGCUCUGGUGUUUCUGUACACUACAUUGAGAGCCCCCUACAUACACACCUUGCAAUAAACGCAUAGACU